UCGGUUGUUGCUUUGCGGCGUUUUCCGCGGGGAAACUGUGUAAAGGGUGGGGAAACUUGAAAGUUGGAUGCUGCAGACCCGGCAUGGGUAGCAAGAAACUAAAACGAGUGGGUUUAUCACAAGAGCUGUGUGACCGUCUGAGUAGACAUCAGAUCCUUACCUGUCAGGACUUUUUAUGUCUUUCCCCACUGGAGCUUAUGAGGGUGACUGGUCUGAGUUAUCGAGGUGUCCAUGAACUUCUAUGUAUGGUCAGCAGGGCCUGUGCCCCAAAGAUGCAAACGGCUUAUGGGAUAAAAGCACAAAGGGCUGCUGAUUUCUCACCAGCGUUCUUAUCUACUACCCUUUCUGCUUUGGACGAAGCCCUGCAUGGUGGUGUGGCUUGUGGAUCCCUCACAGAGGUUACAGGUCCACCAGGUUGUGGAAAAACUCAGUUUUGUAUAAUGAUGAGCAUUUUGGCUACAUUACCCACCAACAUGGGAGGAUUAGAAGGAGCUGUGGUGUACAUUGACACAGAGUCUGCAUUUAGUGCUGAAAGACUGGUUGAGAUAGCAGAAUCCCGUUUUCCCAGCUAUUUUAACACUGAAGAAAAGUUACUUUUGACAAGUAGUAAAGUUCAUCUUUAUCGGGAACUCACCUGUGAUGAAGUUCUACAAAGGAUUGAAUCUUUGGAAGAAGAAAUUAUCUCAAAAGGAAUUAAACUUGUGAUUCUUGACUCUGUUGCUUCUGUGGUCAGAAAGGAGUUUGAUACACAACUUCAAGGCAAUCUUAAAGAAAGAAACAAGUUCUUGGCAAGAGAAGCAUCCUCCUUGAAGUAUUUGGCUGAGGAGUUUUCAAUCCCAGUUAUCUUGACGAAUCAGGUUACAACCCAUCUGAGUGGAGCCCUGGCUUCUCAGGCAGACCUGGUGUCUCCAGCUGAUGAUUUGUCCCUGUCUGAAGGCACUUCUGGAUCCAGCUGUGUGAUAGCCGCACUAGGAAAUACCUGGAGUCACAGUGUGAAUACCCGGCUGAUUCUCCAGUACCUUGAUUCAGAGAGAAGACAGAUUCUUAUUGCCAAGUCCCCUCUGGCUCCCUUCACCUCAUUUGUCUACACCAUCGAGGAGGAAGGCCUGGUUCUUCAAGAGACAACAUUUUGCUCUGUCACCCAAGCUGAACUGAACUGGGCUCCAGCAAUCCUCCCACCUCAGCCUCCUGAGCAGCUAGGACUACAGGUGUGCCACCAUACCCAGCUAAUUUUUUAAUUUUUUGUAGAGGUGGGGUCUCAUUACGUUGCUCAAGCUGAUCUCAAACUCCUGGCCUCCAGAGAUCCACCCACCUCAGCCUCCCAAAGUGCUAGGAUUACAGGUAUGAGACUUUGCCAUUCCAAUGAGAAUUUUGUCCUUAGCAAUCUCAUCCAAUGGCCGCUGGAGAUGUGUGCAGGGCCACAAGAAUGAGAAAGGGGGCAAUGGAGUGACAGGUGACCUGCUCAGGUGCCCCUCCCCAGACCAAAUGUCCCAGGCACACAGCCCAUGCCCUCCACCAUGGAGUACAUUUUCUCCCUGGCUUGCGGCUGAGCUAAAGGACCAGGGAUGUGGAAACAGGAGGUGAACUAAGGCACCCUGCCACCCACUGUGGCAGCCGGAGUUUCUUGAGGCUGAGACAAACUAGGAUCCAGUACCCUAGAUUUUGCCCCAGUUUCUCCACUGAGUAUUUACUCAGUGCUCCUGAGCUGAUGCCUUCCCCUCUGCCUAGAUGAACCACAGCAUUUCGGUAAAUGCCUCAGCAUGUUAGGAGUGCUGGAACAUUUAUUCUCUUACCUCCCAAUUAUCCACUCUAAUGGAGCAGAACACUUACAUGGAAAAUCCUAAACAUGGAAGAUGAUUUAAAAAUGAUUCACCCUGGAACACAUGCUUCCAGUUGCUUCUACAGGUUUACCUUGCUAAAGGCGUUUGGCUUCCUUUGCUGUUACAAUAAGCUUGCCUGCCUUGAAGAAAAGGUGGCCAGGGCCAAAGGGAAAUCAGUCAAGGGAGCCUGUUUUGUCUGAAAUAAUGCCUCUAUGAACAAAUGAAUUGAGUAUAACUGUCUUUUUACAUCAGUGUUUCCGUGGAGUUAAGAGAACAUCCAAGGCCACUCCUAGCUUGAAUAUAUUAAAUUUGUCCUUGUGUUUGGAGCAAGAGUUGUGAAGUCUGUCUGGCCCAUCAAAUGACCAAUGGCUUUUAAGGAAGGACUAAGUGACUUAUGACCAGAACAAGGGAGCAGCCUGAGUCAGUCUCCCCAAUGUCUACAUCGUGUUAUUUAUACUAGCAAAAAAAUAGACACAACCUAAAUGUUCGACCAUAUGGUAUUAGGUAAAUUAACAUCUAUAUGAUGGAAUACUAUGUAGUCAUUAAAAUUAUGUGUCAGAAGAAGGCUUAAUCUCAUGGGAAAAUGUUCACACCAUAUUAUUCGAGAGAAAAAACAGAUUAUAAAGCAAUAUGCAUACAAUGUAGUAGUUCUGUAAGAAAAAAGUAUUAUGUGCAUUUUAACUGGAAAAAUACGUAUAAAAAUGUUAACAGUGCAAUCUCUGGGCAAUAAGAUUAUACUUGACUUUUAUUUCUUUUUUGGAAUUGUCUUUUUUUUUUUUUCAGGUUUCUUCCCAUUAACGUGCAUUUUCCCAAAUCAGGGGAAAGAUACAUUAAGAAGAAAAGAUUAUCUGAGAGACCAGCAGAUGUGUUUCCUGUUUCUUAUCCCAUGUCUAUUCUCCAUUUUAUUUUGGAGAUUCAAAUUCUUCAGCCCUUUCCACUACAGAUGCUUCUGGGGCAAGAGGCACAGAAUAUCUGAUACCCUAAACAACAUCACCAGGGGGAAUUUCUCACCGACAGUAACAGCUUUGGAAAGGUUUUGUUUCUACCUGGCACUGGGAAUUAAUCGUAUCCAAACUUUUUUUUUUCUAAUCAGUAAUGACCAUCUCCAAGGGGUCCUAGAAGAGUUCCAGGGGUUCAUGGAGGACAAUUAUAAACCUUGACAGCUGCUCAGUGGGUUUUCAACCAUGGGGGUGAUUCAUCCCUUCUUGUAAGCCUUUUCACAGCACCCUAAGCUCAGAGUUUUGAAAAUGUGACGAGAAAGAAAGGGGCUGGGGAGAACAAUGGCCCUUCUCCUUUUAUGGAAGGAUGAUGAAGGGAAUUGGGAGGAACAAAACUAAGGGACUAAGACAAUUCAGCUUUUUUUGUCUGGUUCAUAGGACCGUGUUCCCCAUAGAGUAAUGCCCAAUGAGUGGACGAAGGGAAUAAUAAAUGAGUUCAUAGAAGGAGACAGCUGGGCUGCUGUAAAAGCUCCUGCAAAACAGAUAGGCCUGGCACACGCCAUUUCUGUCACAGGUUUUAAAGAACCUAUAUAGCUUUCAGCUACACCUCCUCAUCACCACCUCCUACAGAAGCAGAGUCAAGAUCAUGUCUCUUCCCAUCAUAAGGAAACAGCACUGUGAAUGUUCCAGCUGUCCUGAAGUCACUAAUCCUGUCAGGGGCAGACGUUGGCAACACACCCAGAAGGUGGUGGGGAGUGCAGCUGUCCUCCUGGCUGACUGUUCCAGCUGGUCACCUCUGCUGCUCCAAGGGUGCCACGUUACCUAAUUCUGGUUCACGGUCAGAUGGCGGCUUUUCUUGGCCAGCUUGUCCUUAGAAAAUUCGUUCCCUUGUUGUAUUGGAAAAUUCCUCUUGUGCCUGUCAUUGCACACAUCAGGAGACCAAGGUUUCCAUUUUCUCAGAAGAAAUUAGCCAGCUCCUGUCAUUGACAUGAAGCCUGUUCCUGGAAUUUUUUACUCCUCCUCUUAAAGGCAUAUUCUGGAAGAGGCAAUCUGAGAAUGGGGCCCGUGCUCUCCCACAGCGGAGAAAUAAACUGAGACUAGGCCAGGAGCUGUGCACUGUCUGGGAGAACCAUACCCAGUAGGGAGUGGCCAGAUCAGUCCCAACACUGAAAUUGUUUACUGUCAUCCACUCCUGGUUGUUAGGGGACAUUGAGGAUGACAGGAUAGAGAGUAGGGAAGGAAGAACCAGCCAAGGAACAUUUUCCCUAUAAAAUGAGACUCCCACUACUCCUGCCCUUGUUAAGACUUCAUACACUAUUCCAUAGUGUAUGCAGCCAUAAAAAAGAACAAGAUCAUGUCUCUUGUAGGAACAUGGUUGGAGCUGGAGGCCAUUAUCCUUAUGAAACUAAUGCAAGAACAGAAAACCAAAUACCACAUGUUCUUACUUGUAAGUGGGAGUUAAAUGAUAAGAACUUAUGAACACAAAGAAGGAAACAUCAAACACUAGGGUCUACUCACGGGUGGAGGUAGAAGAGGAGGGAGAGGAGCAGAAAAGAUAACUAUUGGGUACUGGACUUAAUACCUGGGUGAUGAAAUACUCUGUUCAGCAAACCCCUGUAACACAAGUUUACCUAUGUAACAAACCGUCACAUGUACCCUCCAAACCUAAAAUAAAAGUAAAAAAAAAAAGGACACAGAUGUAAAUUGACCCUGAUGGAGAGAACUCUACUCUAUCCUUGCCAGGUCAUAAAAAGGUGAGAUAUUUACUUUUCAAAUGAUUGAUGCUGAAAUGGAAAGGACUGUAUCUCGGGGGCACAAACCCAACAGAGUAAAUGAAGAUCCUACUGCUUCAGCUCCCGGGAUUUGCUAAAGUGGGGACCAGCUUAGAAAAAUAGACGGCCAUCCUGGAGACCCAUGGCGGGCUCGGUCUGAUUUUAAAUCUAAAUUCUGAAGUACAAGUAGCUUCCCAAGAAGAGAAAGCUACUUCUACAUAAAGAGUUGGUAUCAGUAGGAACUCCUUAAGCCUUACCUUUUUAUUAUUGAUGAUGAUGAAGUGAAGCUUCCUGUUGAUAUCAUUGUCAGACCAAGCACAGCACACCAACUCAAACCUCAUUCAUUCAUUCAUUCAUGUGUCCUUUUAACAGAUGUCUACUAGACACCUUGUAUGUCCAUGAACCAAAUACCAUGCUUAAGACCAAGGAUUCAGAAAUGUGUUAGCUGUUAUUCCCCCUCCAGGAACUCACAGCCAGGAGGAGAUGUACUCAGGGAAAAGGAGAAAUCACAGUAUAACCAUUGUAAAAUCCUUUCUGAUAAAAUCACAGUGUCUGAUACCCCUGUUCCACAUACAUAUAAAGAAACUAAAGUGUGGAGAAGAGAGGCAAGUCCCGAAUUUAGUGUGUAGCGGAUCUAGGAGUACAAUAAGCAUUCCUUGGUCUGGGGUAAAUCCCACCAGGACUGUGUUGAGACCCAAAUUCCUCUGAGUCCAUGGGCCCCUUCAAGUCAGAUGAAAUUCCAAACAAGCCAGAGCCUAGCUGAACAGUUCCACGGUGCCGGGCUCCAGUGUGUUCUGGAAGGUUCUCGGCUGUGCCUCCAGAAGACGGAGGUGGGGAGGAGCCCCACAGGCCCAGGGCAGUGUCAGGUUCCCUCUUGUCUGUCAGCAGGCAUGGAAUAGCCUUUAAGAAAAUGGAGUAUUAUUAUUAUUUGUUUGUUUUUACAGUGACUCAGUCUGUAGUAACUGGGUUAAAGUCCGCUUUGAGAAAAGGAGAACAAAAGACCUCCUGUUAGUGCUGGAAGUUUGCCUUUUAAGAUAUCACUGAGAGGAACUGGGAAGAAAAAAAAAUCCCCAGCAGGGCAGAGGAAGCUGCAGGCCUUCAGGAACACAGCAGCACUUUGGAAAGGAAAACACGGCCGACUUUCAUCUCCUGCGCCCUAUCUGAGCUGGCCGCUCCCUUUGCCGCUGCUUUAUGGCCCACUGCGGUGCUGACCGUCAGACAUCAGCCGGUACCCUAUUCCCACACUCUUUGAACACAGGGGGCUGCCAGGAGUUGUGGUAGUGUGGGCAUAUCUCCAUAGCCAACCAGCCCCAGGCUGAGGAGGAGGGAAAGGAUGUUGCCAUACGAAACAUACUACGUGCUGGACGUUAUUCUAACAUUACAUAUCAUAACUCAUUUCAUAAACACCAAGGAGGCUAGCAUCCUCCUUCUCCAGCCACAGCAGAAGUUGCACAAGGUGGAAAUCUGGCCCUGCCCUGUUUAGGAAACUCAUUGCAAGUAGAGGAACCAUGGGGUAAGUAGGCUCCCAAAUGGGUAGGACCAGAUUGCUAGGUGGUCUCUUCCAGGUUGCAGACUCAGGCCAUCUGACUCUAAGACCUGAGAACUUAAUCCUACUCUCUUCAAAUGAAAACAGAAAGUCAGAGGAAGACAAGAAAGGUUUUCUUCUCACGACCUCCCGUCAGAUCAGCCCCAUCUACAUUAAACUUGUACCCGUGUCCUUCAUCAGUCAGCUCAGUGGAAAUGUUAUUCUCACCCAUGGCCACCCAGAUCAGGAAAUCGGUCUGGACCAUGAGUGACAUGCUGGUGUUGGCCUUCUUCACUAUAAUUAUGAGAAGCUGGAAUGUUCCCCUCCAAGCCUAUGAAAGAAGGAUGGAGACAAGAAGGAAAAGACAGAAGUUCUGUGAAAGUCUCAGGUCCUUCCUCCUUUCAGAACCACUUCACAUAAUCCUCUUCCUCCCCAGGGGCUCCCGAAAGAUUAGGCUUCACUUGCAGGUCCCAGGCCCUGGCCCUGGAGAGUGGUUGGGCCUUUGGGGUCUCUCAAAGAGCCUAAUCAUUCUGUUUUCUGAACAAGUCAUAGUUUUGCUGACUUCUGACCAAACACCCAUUGAAACCCAAGAAUGGAAGUGUGAUUGUGGUCAUCUAUACCCUGUCCCACUACAGGACUCCCUGUCCCACGGGAUGCGGCAGGCAGGUGUGGGAAAGCCUACCUGAGGAGAUGGCCGAGAUCAUUAAGCAGCGGCCCUCUGAUUUUCUGUACAGCCACUCAGUGACUUGGAAGGGAUUCUUUGCACUAACAAGCAAUGCCUCCACAAACAAUGAGUUGAGGGGAAAGACUCAAAAGAGGCCGAAACAAUGCUGUUUGGGAUGCUUUUCCCUUUGGCUGGCCUCAGGGGACUGGGCCCCUCAUGUAAUCACGGGAGAUUUAGGGCCUAAUUAAACUCUGGCAUUGGGCCAGCAUGCUGGUGGCCCCUUGAGUUUCCCAUGUCCACCCAUGUCUAGGGUAUUAAACUCUAGAUUGGGAAUGUGUACUGCCUAACUGAUCCCACAGGAGCCAGCCCUCAUUAUCCAACAGGCUGGGUAUUGGCAGCCCACAGGGCUAGGCAUUGGCAGGUGCAGUCCUGGGGAGGACUGCGUGCCUUUAGGUUAAUGGUCCCUACAUCUGCACCCUCUGGGGCCACAGUAGAGGGCUUUGUGGAUCACCUCUGCCAUUGGGACCCCUGGCAUUUCCUUCCUUUCAUGGCCUGAUAAAACACAAGCUCUGAGAGUUAGCAAGCUGAUACCCUUUAAUCAUGCCUUAUAUUUAUAAAGGCCUUUGUCCAGAGAACUCCAAGUGCUCAAAAAUGUCAGUUAAUUCACUCUCCCAGCCUCCUUUAGGGAAAAGCUGGUGGCAGGUGUCAUCAUCACCACCAGAGGUGGCCAAAGCAUCUUCUUAGUGGGCUGUCCUGGAUAUUCUUUGCGUUUAAAGAGCAUUUUGCUUCUGAGCGCAUGUUUGGGUUUUGCACAGCCUGAAGCAUAAGGAUUGAGGUAUUUCCUUACUUUACAGCUCUAGAGAAUUCUUGUGUGCGGGUACCGGUGAAACACAAACUGAGUGACUGCAUGCUUUCUUGAGUUUGGAAAUUUUGUUAUUGUUUGGUCUCAGCAUUUGCUGGUAGUAAAUAAGUAAGCAGAAGUAAGCUGCUUAAGUUCCCAUGUAGUCCAAGACAGAGCAGACAAAAGACCUGGUCCCCAAGCCCCACACCUGGCCCCAAGAUCCCUCUGGGAUUAUCUUGUGGCCACUCUCUGAAGCCUCGGACCCUGUAGUUGAUCUCAUAGCCAAGUCUCACCAGCAACUUUUGGAGGGGGGGGGUCCUGGCAAGAGAUGGGUGAUGUAGGAAUGGCCUAUCUGCAGAAGGAGGACAGCCAGGUAGGACAUCUGCCUGGCUCUCCUCCUUCCUGGCCACAGACUAGCUUUGUGACCUUGGCUGGCAGCGUCAUUUUCAUGUCGGCCACAGUUUCCAUGCCUAUAAACACAAUGAUGAUACCUGCCACCAACUUUUCCCUAAAGGGGGCUGGGAGAGUGCAUUAAUUAAUGUUUUUGAGCACUUGGAGUUCUUUGGAGAAAGGCCUUUAUAAAUAUAAGGCAUGAUUAAAGGAUAUCAGUUUGCUAACUCUCAGAGGAAGUACUUAAUGGGAUCAGGCCUGCAUAUGUUGAUGACUGAGUUUCAUUCUUCAUUCAGAUCUGCACAGGGCUCCCUUCACUCAGCUCUGCCGCCAUUCAUGUGGUAUUCUCCUGUUCUUUCAUUUCUAUAUACUCAUAGUAGGGGGCCCACAAAUGCUGCCCUCCACAUGCAGGCCCACUACCUCCCCUCCCUCUUGUCAAACCCAGUGGCUUUUCCUCACUCUGCAUUUUCCUUGUCCUUUCUAGAACAUGACACUGGUCACUACCCCUCCUCAUCCUUGAAAGUCUUAUUCUGUGGUUCCCACAAGCCCAACAGGUCUAAACUGAAGUCAUCAUUGACCCCAAACCAAUUCCCAUCCUUACUGCCCUAUUUCUCUUCACCAUUCUCAUGGGCCUGGAUUCCAGGUCUUCCUCUCCACUGCCGCCCCCUCUGUGCAAGCCUUAUUGUCCCAACCUGCUUGAUCCUUUGAAAAGCCCAUCCCUGGGCAGAAAUGGCAACUGUAUGUCCCUAAACUGCCCCCAAAGACCUCUCUGCACCACAUUUGACCUCUGGCCCUCCUGUUCCCUAACUGGCCUUGGUCUCCUGCUCCCUUCCGUGGGCCGCUCCAGCUCUGCCCACCACGUGACCUGCCUUCCCGCUUGUCUACCUUCCUGUCUGGUCCCCAGACUCAGCUUGUACUCUUCCUCCCAGCAAGCUGUCUCAACUGCCUGGAUUCCCCACAGGACACAGAUACUCAUAUAGAUAAACACACACACUAACACACAGACUCAUGUAGACAUGCACCAACAAACAGACACUCAGACACAGACAUACUCAUGUGGAUAUACAGACAGGCACACACAUGCAAAUACACACAAAGACAUACAGACAGGUACAUAUACACAGAUACACACACAGACACACACAGAUACACAGGCACAGAGACACAUAUACUGGCAUAAGCAUACAUACACUGACACACACAAAUGCACAAACAUACACACACAGUUAUGAUGUUCACACAAACAUAGACAUACGUUCACAUACCCCUCCCAGCAUCCUGACUGGCCCAGCUGACCUCCCUCACCCGCUCUGAACAACCAGCUCUCCCCCCUCCUGCCUUUGUCCAGUCCCAUCUCUAUUACUCAGGGCUCUCCAGAGAAACAGAACCAACAGGGUUUGAUGCGGAUAGAUGGGUGGGUGGAUGGAUGAUGGAUGGAUGGAUAGAUAGAUAGAAAGAUAGAUAGAUAGAUAGACAGAUGGAUAGAUGAUGCAUGAUAGGUUGAUAUUAGAUGAUAGAAAAGCAAAUAGAGUUUAAGAAAUUGGUUUAUGCAAUUGUGGAGGCUGGUAAAUCUGAAAUCUGACCUCAGUCUUUUCUCUUAAGGCCUUUGACUGAUUGGAUAAGGCCCACCCACAUUGCAGAAGGUAAUUUCAUUACUCAAAGUCUACUGAUGGAAAUGUUAAUGUCAUCUAAAGAAUACCUUCACAGCAACACCUAGCCUAAUAUUUGACCAGAUAUCCGGGUACUAUGACCUAGGCAAGUCAACACAUAACAUUACCCAUCAUGCUUUUCAUCUGGUCAGCAGUGCUCGUAUAAAUCUCCUGAAACGUUGCUCUCACCACAAUGCUUCCCUGCUCCAAAACCUAAACACCCAUAUGCCUGACAUGCAAUAGGGACAGAUACAUAUUUGUUGAGUGAAUAAAUGAUGAGGAGCCUUUGGGAUGGGCUACACUCUGCUCAAUGCAGCAAACCAUUUUGAGGGCCCAAUGUCUGGAGCUGAGGAUAUGACUAUCAAAGCUGCUCUUACAUGUUCCUCUCCCCUCCCUCUAGUAUCUCAAGGCCAGAGUCCGACCCUCAGACAUCUCUAAUCCCCCAUAGUACCCAAUGGAGUGCCUUAUAUGGAUUAGGCCCUUAAUCACUUGUGGGUUAAUUUUAUUCUCUUUAUUGAUCCCUAUAUUAAAUUUAUCUGAAAUAUUAUAGGUUUUUAGGGCCUCACUUAUGAAAUCAUAAACUGUAGUGCCAAAUCUGCUUCCACUUUUGUUUUUAAGGCACACAUGCAAAGAGCUAUUUCCACAAUCAGGAAGGGUGGAAAUAGCUCAGAACACUGACAGUGGUCUGUAGGGAUGGGUGGCUUCUACGGGAUUUUUUAUACUUUUCUGUGUCUUCCAAAUUGUCCUCUGUGACCACGUGUUGCUUUUACAACCAUAAAACAAGUUAUCUGUUUUUUUCAUUUAUCUUUUCGAUUUGGGGGUCUGUUCUCAGCUCUUUUUUGGGGUCCCCAUCAUGCCUUCUGGCUUCCUUUUGAAAAUAAGACUACCCGAGACUUCCUUGUAAAAAUCUGUGAGGUCAUAAAAGGCCAAGUUAACUGCAAAUGGUUGUUCUGUUUUAAUUCUGUUGAAGUGUCAGGUAACAUGGACUUAUAAUAAAAGCACUUGGGGAGUUAA